GUGUCCCUGUGCGUUUAGAGGAGGCAUCAGCUGCCGGCAGGAGGAGAGCGACGUGGAGCAGCGGAAGAAGAGACAGCAGACCUGCCUUGCCGGCGACCAUUCCUUCACUGCUGGUGUCCUUUCACAGAGAGACACCUGCAGAAAAAAUUGGUCACUUACUGAAGAUUUUUCAUUCUUUCUCCCAAAGGCUGAGGGUCUCCAAUAUGUGUCGGAUCUAACAUCUCCGGAGACAUCGAGGAAUAGCAGACUCCCCUGGUGGAUGUGGACACCUAAACUGUGGACAUGGAAAAGAUAGUGAAUUUACCCGUUUCAGUUCUUCUGGUUUUAUGGGGAUGCGUGCAUGGAAGCUCACCCAGUGUUCAAAUUGGGGGACUCUUUCCAAGGGGCGCGGACCAAGAGUACAGCGCGUUUCGGAUAGGAAUGGUUCAGUUUGGCACCUCGGAAUUCAGAUUGACGCCCCACAUCGACAACCUGGAAGUGGCGAACAGUUUUGCUGUAACCAACUGCUUCUGUUCACAGUUCUCAAGAGGAGUGUACGCCAUUUUCGGAUUCUACGACAAAAAGUCUGUCAACACCAUCACGUCAUUUUGUGGGACGCUCCAUGUCUCCUUCAUUACGCCCAGCUUCCCUCUGGAUGGGAAUCAGCAGUUUAUCAUCCAGAUGAGACCUGAUAUCAAGGGGCCCCUCCUCAGCCUAAUCGAGUACUACAAGUGGGACAAGUUUGCCUACCUGUACGACAGCGAUCGAGGGCUUACGACGCUGCAGGUUGUUUUGGACACAGCAGCAGAAAGGAAGUGGCAAGUGACAGCCAUCAAUGUGGGAAACCUGAAAGAUGAGAAGAAGGAUGAGGCCUACCGCUCUCUGUUCCAAGAUUUGGAGAACAAGAAAGAAAGGAGGGUGAUCCUGGACUGUGAACAGGACAAAGUGAAAGACAUCAUGGAGCAGGUCAUCACAAUUGGCAGACAUGUUAAAGGCUACCACUACAUUAUAGCCAAUCUGGGUUUCAUUGAUGGGGAUCUAUCGAAAAUCCAGUAUGGAGGUGCAAAUGUGUCAGGCUUUCAGAUUGUUGAUUUUGAAGAUCCUUUGGUGUCCAAGUUUGACCAGAGAUGGGAGGCACUAGAAGAAAAGGAGUAUCCUGGUGCCGACAGUAAAAUAAGGUACACAUCAGCAUUGACCUACGACGCCGUGCAGGUAAUGACAGAGGCCUUUCGCUACCUGCACAAACAGCAAAUUGAAUUCACCAGGAGGGCAAACAAUGGUGACUGCCUGGCCAAUCCUGCUGUUCCCUGGGCUCAGGGAGUUGAGAUCGAGCGAGCACUGAAACAGGUGCGUGUGGAAGGCCUGACAGGAAACAUCCAGUUUGAUCAACAUGGCAAGAGAGUCAACUAUUCAGUGAACAUAAUGGAAUUAAAGACCAAUGGCCCUGUAAAGAUUGGAUACUGGAAUGAAGUUGACAGAAUGGCUGUCACUAAAUCUGAUGUCUUUGCAAAUGACACAACAGGAAUGGAAAACAAAACAGUUAUUGUCACCACCAUCUUGGAAGCUCCAUAUGUAAUGCUGAAAAAGAACGCUGACCUUUUUGUAGACAAUGAGCGCUACGAGGGUUACUGUGUAGAUCUAGCUGCAGAGAUAGCAAAGCACUGCGGCUUCAAAUAUCAACUGAAAAUAGUGUCAGAUGGGAAAUAUGGCGCCAGAGAUGCAGAGACCAAAAUCUGGAACGGGAUGGUUGGAGAGUUAGUUUAUGGGAAAGCAGACAUUGCAGUGGCUCCUCUGACCAUCACUCUGGUACGAGAAGAGGUGAUUGACUUCUCCAAACCCUUCAUGUCUCUGGGAAUCUCUAUCAUGAUAAAGAAGCCUCAGAAAUCCAAACCAGGAGUCUUUUCUUUCUUGGACCCGCUGGCUUACGAGAUCUGGAUGUGUAUUGUUUUUGCCUAUAUCGGUGUCAGCGUGGUGCUGUUCCUCGUCAGCCGCUUCAGCCCAUAUGAGUGGCACACUGAAGAGUAUGAGGACGGGCAGAUCCAGACCAAUGAGUCGACAAACGAGUUUGGCAUAUUCAACAGCCUGUGGUUCUCCCUCGGAGCGUUCAUGCGCCAAGGCUGUGACAUAUCACCUAGAUCUCUGUCUGGGCGCAUUGUUGGUGGAGUUUGGUGGUUCUUCACUUUAAUCAUCAUCUCCUCCUACACCGCUAACCUGGCUGCUUUCCUAACUGUUGAGAGGAUGGUCUCUCCCAUUGAAAGUGCAGAGGACCUUGCAAAACAGACCGAAAUAGCCUAUGGGACUCUGGACUCUGGCUCUACUAAAGAGUUUUUUAGGCGCUCAAAAAUUGCCCUCUUUGACAAAAUGUGGACAUACAUGCGCAGUGCGGAGCCCUCUGUGUUUGUGAAAACCACAGCUGAAGGGGUUCUGAGGGUCCGCAAGUCCAAGGGGAAGUAUGCCUACCUGCUGGAGUCCACCAUGAACGAGUACAUCGAGCAGCGAAAACCCUGCGACACCAUGAAGGUGGGAGGCAACCUGGACUCCAAAGGCUACGGGAUCGCCACGCCGAAAGGAUCCUCAUUAAGAAAUGCGGUUAACCUCGCAGUACUAAAACUGAAUGAGCAAGGCCUGUUGGACAAAUUGAAAAACAAAUGGUGGUACGACAAAGGAGAGUGCGGCAGCGGGGGAGGUGAUUCCAAGGAGAAGACGAGCGCCCUCAGCCUGAGCAACGUGGCUGGGGUCUUCUACAUUCUGGUCGGAGGACUCGGUUUGGCCAUGCUGGUGGCCUUGAUUGAGUUCUGUUACAAGUCCCGAGCCGAGGCGAAACGAAUGAAGAUGACAUUUGGGGACGCCAUGAGGAACAAAGCAAGACUUUCCGUCACUGGGAGUACUGGGGAGAAUGGUCGGGUGAUGACUCCAGAGUUUCCUAAAGCUGUCCAUGCUGUCCCUUAUGUGAGACCUGACAUGGGAUUAAACGUCAGCCUGACAGAUCUGUCCUGAUCAAUGAGAAACUUCUGAGUGCCUUACAAUGGUUUAUAUAGAGCGAUUUUUUUCUGUCCUCUUCGGCCCUCCUUCUGUUCCAGCGCUUUUUCUGUCUCUGUCUGGUGAAAAAGGAAAGGUAGGAGAUGGAGGCUACAUUUUGUGUCUCACAAAGACUUGUAUUGUUGCUCUCUGUCUCUAUUUCUCACCGUAUAAAACACCUCUCUCUCUGAGUGGAAUUACAUCUCGGAAUAUAAAAGGGAGCCUCUUUUUUUCUAAACUGAUGACACCAUGCUUUCAUAUCUCACUGUCUGGACUGGACUGAGACAGAAACGAGAGCUUGAUUGACGCCAACGGCUGCUUCUAGGAGUCAGAGUUUCAGUCAUCUCAACUGUUGGUGUGUAUGUGUGUGUAUGUGUGUGUGUGUGUGUGUGUGUGUGUGUGUGUGUGUGUGUGUGUGUGUGUGUGUGUGUGUGUGUGUGUGUGUGUGUGUGUGUAUAUGUGCGCAUGCGCAGGGGUGUGUGAGUGAAGAGCAUGGGUGUGUGUGCGUCAAGGAAAGAUGUCGUCAAAAACACACUGUUUCUGUAGCCACCACCGCCAAACAGGAUUUUCAAGCACACUUGAUAUCAUCUGCAUUAAGAUGUGAAAUUGUCCUUUUUUUUUUCCUAAGAAAAUCUCCAAAAAAAGUUUAUUGAAAAAAAAAUAUUUUUAUGUAUUUUCACAAAAUAGCUUUUAAAUAAACUUGCUUACAUACUGGUUGGAUAUAAACAUCUUAAUGUGUGAGUAAAAAAUACUAAACAGCUUCUAGUUCCAUAUUUUUAAUGCCAAAUACAUUGCAUAUGGGGCUGAGAUGUUGAAGUCAUGUAAUUAAUUCCUAUUCUAAACUUUCCUGUAUAUUUUAUUCUUUAACAUUUGGUGUUGAUAUGAAAUAUAUGUCAAUGCUUGACAUUUGGAAUCAAUUCUUCUAUGUUUUUCUUGUUGGAGUUGGUGCAGCGAUUUUUGCUUUAUACUUUUGUCUCUGUUUGCUUCAGUGCUUUUGUUGUUUUCUGACGAGAACCAGGGUUGUUCUACUUUCAAGAGGAAAUUCACGUGUUUACAUGCCAUUAAUGCAAAACAAAAAUAGUAUGGUCUGGUAUUAUCGCAUCACAUUUUGAAGUGACAUCAAAAAGAGGCAUCAACAUCCACAUGGUUUUCGUGGUGGUUUCAAAUGCCAAAUAAGUUAAGAGUGCCAAAUUCUAGUGACAGUAGAUAUUAAUAUAGUCUUAAUAUAAUCAAUCACUGUCAUCUCAGUGAAUGUAAAUGAUACAAUCUGUAACUUUUGUAACUAGAUGUACAGUUGGUGGCAAUGACAGUGCUGAUACAAUAGCAUUUACGCUUUGUUUUCCAGUCUCCAUGUAUUUUGCAUUGAUCUGACAAUAAAGUAGCACCAGUUGCAUGUUGUUGCCGCAAAUACUACAUACGUUUAUUUCAUUACUGCCAAACAUGCAUUUUCAUUUAAAUGUUGACGUUGUGAGGUUAAUUGUUUAAAAUUGGAAAUACAAUGUUAGACAUACAAUAUAUACAAAUAUGCAUAUAUUUUAUAUAAAAAGUUUGAAUAUGAAAACUUAUAGCCCCUUUUCAUUAUGGUGUCAGAACUACUCUGCUUCCAUUCAAUACUAAAUUUGGUUACUUAUUUAGAAAAUUUGCUGUCCAUAAGUUACUUACAAAACUAGUACAGACAAGCACUUCUAAUUAUAAGACACAUUUUAUUUGAUCUUCUUUUGUGAAAUUGACAUAUGAAUUAGUCAACCACUGCAACACAAAGGGAGGUAAACUAUGUUAUUAUUAUCACUGUUGUGAUGUAACAACAGAAACAUAUACCGUAGUUGCUUAUCAACUUCAUUGCAUAUUCAGGCUAUUCUCACUGACAUUUUGUAUAUGGAAUGUGUGCUAACUUGAUUAUUUUUUGGGACUCUUUCUAAAUAAAAGUGACUGAUCUCUUAUUA